UUACGCAGCGGCUGCGUCUCGCGGUUGGAGCGAGGAGGCUGGUGAUUGGCCCUCGCGGCCCGUGACGCGGGAGCGUUCCCUGCUCGAAGAGGAGGUGGUUGUUUUCGGCGUUGGGCCUUACGCGAGGCCCCGGCUUGAGGCCUACGCGGAAGGCUCUGAACUAGAAAGAAAAUGUCGCUGUAUGAUGAUUUGGGAGUGGAGACCAGUGAUUCCAAAACAGAAGGCUGGUCCAAGAACUUCAAACUCCUGCAGUCUCAGUUGCAAGUGAAGAAGGCAGCUCUCACCCAAGCAAAGAGUCAGAGAACAAAGCAAACCACAGUGCUUGCUCCUGUGAUUGACCUGAAAAGAGGCAAUGCUUCUGAUGAGCGACAAAUCGUAGACACUCCACCACAUGUGGCAGCUGGCCUGAAGGAUCCUGUUCCCAGUGGCUUUUCUGCUGGAGAUGUAUUAAUUCCUUUAGCUGAUGAGUAUGAUCCUAUGUUCCCCAAUGAUUAUGAGAAAGUAGUAAAGCGCCAGCGGGAAGAGCGGCAACGGCAACGAGAAUUGGAGAGGCAGAAGGAGAUUGAAGAAAGAGAGAAGAGGCGCAAAGACAGACAUGAGGCGAGUGGAUUUUCCAGACGGCCUGAUCCAGAUUCUGAUGAAGACGAAGAUUAUGAAAGGGAGAGACGGAAAAGAAGCAUGGGAGGAGCUGCUAUCGCACCGCCUACGUCUCUGGUUGAGAAGGACAAAGAACCCAGUUCAUCAUUCCCCUAUGAGGAGGAGUCGAGGCCACGUGGUUCAUCAUCCAAAGCAGCCAUUCCGCCCCCCAUGUAUGAUGAGCCUGAGAGACCGCGAUCCCCAACUGGGCCCAGCAAUUCCUUCCUGGCUAAUAUGGGAGGCACGGUGGCACACAAGAUUAUGCAGAAAUACGGCUUCCGAGAAGGCCAAGGUCUUGGGAAGCAUGAACAGGGCUUGAGCACUGCCUUGUCAGUGGAGAAAACAAGCAAAAGGGGCGGCAAAAUCAUUGUUGGUGACGUUGCUGAUAAAGACUCAUCCAAGAAAUCUGAUUCAAAUCCUUUAACAGAGAUAUUAAAGUGCCCAACCAAAGUGGUUCUGCUACGGAAUAUGGUUGGAGCUGGGGAAGUUGAUGAAGACCUGGAAGGUGAAACCAAGGAAGAAUGUGAAAAAUAUGGCAAAGUUGGAAAGUGUGUCAUCUUUGAGUGUUUAAUGAGUAUAUUUUGCAUUUUGAAUCUAGCGGUUGUUGACUUGAAUGGAAGAUACUUUGGAGGACGGGUGGUGAAGGCAUGUUUCUACAACCUGGACAAAUUCAGAGUCUUGGAUCUUGCGGAGCAAGUCUGAUUUCUUUCCUCCCCCACUUCCCCCAAAGGACUGAACAUGGAUGCAUUGUAUCAGCAUCUCAGAGUUUUCAACGGCAUGGUGGGAACGCAGCAAAUGAUGGCAUCCUUUCCAGCAAAUUGGAAACCAGCCCAAGUGGCUUUUUUAUGUUCAUUAUGAGGGACACAAUUUAUUUUCAUUGUAGUAUAAAAUUCCUUAAAAGAUA